AUGAGAAUUUUGUCGAAAAUCUUGACCGAUUCCGGGAAGCUGGAUGUCACAGCGGCGAAUGCACGGCACCGAUCGUGGCGGGUCGGCCAGAAGCGCGCGGUCAGUCCACAGCAAAAAGGACUUUGCGCGAUUUUCGGUGAGUUGUCUAAGGGUACAAGGAUUCUGAGCGAAGAUUCAGUCAUCCUGGAGCUCACAUCGGGUGAUGAG